AUGGCAGCCUGCGAGGGACUGAAGCAGGCUUCCCAAAAGCUCUUGACAAAGGUUUGGCGUGAGGUGCAAGUCCAAUUCACAUCCAAGGAGAACAAGUACCGGAACAUGAAGAGCAGACCAGCGUGGUCCGUUCUGGAAGCCCAUCAAUUUGAGGUCUUUGGCAAAGAUCGUGGUUUUGGGAUCUGUGAUCCGGCUGUUGUGGCUCCUUCAUCUGCUGGCACGAAGCCAGCAUCGAAUCUUCAAGACUACCUCGAAGAGGUCUUGGCUUUGAGGUUCGCAGUUGACUGGAUGGCUAUGUCUAUGGAGGAUGCACAAGAGUUCCUUGAUCAAGCCACCAAGCGUGCGUACAAACGUCCAGUGCUGAAGCCAAAAGCAGCUCCGGACCCCGUCUCUCAGACCUUAGCAGCCUUGAAGGAGAAGACUGUGGACUCGUUCUCCUUGAUGUGGACCGAUGACGCGGAGCUUCGCGGUGUGGCUUCCCUGGCCAUCCGUUUGAUGGAUGGAUUGGAAGGCCCCAGUGCGUUGCCAUUUGCAGCCACCUUUGUUGGACAAAUGCUGCUGGCCAUGUGGAAGGGCGUGGCACCACUCUUGGCACAUCAUGCCGCAACAGGCAUCGCGCGCAUCGCAGAGAGCCACGCAGCCAUGGGACGUUUGCCAGCUCCACAGCUACCGGAGCCGGAUGCAUCGACCUCACGUACUGCAGUCUUCGAUCGAGUGGCUGCAUCAUACGACCGCCCUUCCAAAGACUGCGAGGAGCUGGUGAAUGCAUUGCCUCGAGGGGUGCUGGGAUCCAUCAUCAAGGCGCAAGCCACCUUCCGCGGCUAUGUCUUCAGAGCGCGCUAUUUCACCAAGGCGCGAGCCGUAGCAGCAUAUUGCAAGGCGGUUGCAUGGCCUGAGCUCCAUCCACAGCUGGAGCGGGGUGGCAGAUGUGAGGAGGGUGAGACGGUCGAGCUUGCAUCCGAGAAGGACAAGAAGAAGAAGUCCAAAUCGAAGAUGGACAAGAGUGGCAUGGCCAGCAGCAAGGCAGAUGCUACCAAUCUCAAUCAGACCAUCAGCGACUUCCAGCCAAGGGUUUCCAAGUACCUCGGUGGAGAAGGCAAUACAGCGAAGCCAAGCGUGAGCUCGCCAACGAAUUCACCGAUGCACAAAAUGGGCUCCACAAUGGGCUCCACCAAAGGGUCUCAAAUGGCGGGAGCAGAUGUUCGCAAUCGCGCAUGGCCCCUUCCGACGGCGGAUCACCGCGCCUGCGCGGAUUUGUUUGCGCUUUACAUGUUCAACCUGUAUCGUCGAAAGGAAUUGACCAAUAUGUGGUCAACUCUUUGCAAGUCCUACGAACGAGGAAUGGACUCGUAUGCGGAGUUGCUUCAUCGAAACCCUGCCUUGAAGCCGAUGCUGGAGUCCAUUGCUGCUCAGCUCAAGCGUGGAUCUGUUGUUGGCUAUGACAAGGCCUUCAUUGCCAAGCACAAGAAGGAACCAACUGAGCAACAAGGUCGUGUGAAGCCAGUGGAUGCAGACAUCUUCAAGAGCAAGACGGGCAAGCAAGUUGGAACGAUGGGUUCCACGGGUCAGGCCACAGAGCUACCCAAGGAUAAGGCCGCAGCUGCUUCACCAGGUGCAACUGCUACUAUGGCCAUGUCUAUGAAAUCCAUGAGCCUCACAGUUGGAGAGAAACCAGAAGCCAUGGACUCAGAUUGCCUCGUUCGCAGCCCAUUACAGCUGCAAGCUGAGGGUCAAGCCGAAAGCGAAGCAGAGUGGGUUAUUGAAGGGAACUGCACUGUUGAUGGAGUUUGCGUUUCCAGUCCAAACUUUCCUGAACCCUAUGGGAACAAGGACUAUUGCCUCAUCUCUUUGCCCAAGCCGGCACUACUUGAAGUGACCGCCUUCGAAACGGAGAAGGGAUACGACAAGCUGACCGUCAAUGGCAAGCAGUUUAGUGGAACAAGUCUGUUGGGCGACUCCUUCAAUGCGUGGACUAACAUCACCUGGCGCUCGGAUGAGUCGGUGGUUGAACGUGGUUGGCAGUUCUGCCUGGUCACCUUGACCUGUGCUGAUGGCUUGCCAUUGAUCCCAGUAGCUGUACGCGACUGUCCUCCGGGUUCUGCAGCUCUUCCCAGCUGCGAUGAAGCUGCUCCGGGAGACCUCUGUGAAGGACCGUGCAGCAUUAGCGGAGAUUGCAUCCAAAGUGGCAAUUUUCCAGGCAAAUACGGGGAUAGCGAGCAGUGUGGCAUCAACAUGCCACAGCCUUCGGUGAUCAAUUUCACCGCGUUCUCCACAGAAAAGUCUUAUGAUGUUCUGGCUGUGAAUGGUGUUGGGUACUCUGGCGACGGGGAAGCCGGCUUUAUAGUUGUUGCCUGGGGUAAUAUCACCUGGCGUGCAGACUCGAGUGUGGCUUCAACUGGCUGGGAGUUGUGCUUUGUAUCGCCCAAAUGUCAUGAUGGUUUAGCCCUAAGUCCCGUGGGCGUGCCGGAUUGUCCCCCUGGUCCCGAAGCACUUCCAAGUUGUGACGAAGCCUUGCCGGGAGAGCUCUGUGAGGGUGGCUGUGGGACCCGCAGUGACAUCAACAACUGUUACGAUGCACACUACAGCUACCCACCCUCGCGAGAUGUCUACCGAAAGGCUGAAGGUAACACCUUGACCACCACGAUGGUGACCAGCACGAGCACCAGCACAUUUUUGGACACCACCACUGAUUUAGCAGCCACUGGAUCACCAUGGUCAGUGCAGGGUCCAUGUGAAGCCGUUGGAGCAUGUGUCCAAAGUCCCAAUUAUCCCGAAAACUACGGAGAUCGUCAAUCCUGCAAUUUGUCUCUCCCAAAACCUUCGGUGGUGACCAUCCUGGAUUUUUUGACUGAACCAGACAUGGACUUCCUCACGCUGCAUGGCGUACCCUUCAGUGGCUUGGGCCCUGGCAAGAAGACCUUCACCCUGUGGACCAACAUUUCAUGGAGAUCGGAUCCUUCUGUAGCUGAACGAGGCUGGAAGAUUUGCCUGGACCCGCCACCAUUUUGUGACGAUGGCUUGCCUUUGACCCCAAUCGCAGUCCGAGAUUGUCCGCCUGGCUCCACAGUUCUUCCAACUUGCGAAGAGGCUGCUCCAGGAGAGCUCUGUGAAGCAGAUGGGCAAUGUGGCACCCGAACAGAUGUCAAUAACUGUUAUGAUCCGUCUUACACCUAUCCAGCCUCCCGGGAUGUGUAUCGGAAGUUCAAUGGCACAGCCACCAGCACUACCACCAAAACGGUGUCCACGGUGACAACGACCACCACCAGCAGCAGCCAAUCCACCACCCUAUUGGAGGGCUUCUGGGAGGGCCCUGCUCCAUGGACAGCCUCUGGAGGCUGCAAACUCCAUGGAGCCUGCGUUGAAAGUUCCAACUUUCCAGACACCGGUGAGAGUGAGGACUGUGAGUUUUCAUUGCCACGGCCUUCAGUGGUCAGAGUCACUGCCUUCAGUGCUCAAGAUGGUGACAGCCUCACCAUCAACCAUGAAGCCUACACUGGUGAUGACCUGGAAGGUCAGUUUUUCACUAUUUGGUCGCCAAUCUCUUGGCACUCAAAUGGAGAAGGCUCCAAGUUCCAGCUGUGCUACGAACCUUUGCCUCUCUGCAGCGAUGGCUUGAUCCUGAGCCCAGUAGAAAUCAGAGACUGUCCACCGGUGGAAGAAGCUUUGCCAGGCUGCGAUGUUGCAGCUCCUGGAGAGUUUUGUGUAGGCAAAUGUGGCACGCGUGAUGACAUUGACAACUGUUAUGAUGCAAGCUACACCUAUCCCCCUUCGCGCGAUGUCUACAGGAAAGCGAACGGAACCACUAGGACGACAUCGACCACAGUUAGCCUGACUCUCACGACCACGACUUCCACUACCUCCACACACUGGUCUUCCAAAGGCCUUUGGAAAUAUGUGGGACCUUGUGAGGUUCAGGACAAUUGCAUCAGCUCUCCUCAAGUACAAGGGCAUUGCACGGCCAUUCCACCGCUUGGAACACCAAUCAAGCUGGUCUCUUACUCCAAGAGUGAAAGCGGUGAAGAAAGUGGGGAAAGUUUGACAAUUGAUGGACGCCACUUGACCCCUUCAGACCAAGGGCAUCUAUUCCUAGUCCAGUCUCAGCUUUCAUGGAGCGGGACAUCAGAAAGUUCCUGGGAACUCUGUACGCAAGUGCCUAGCUGUGAGGAUGGUCUGACCCUGACCCCAGUGGUCAACUGUCCAUCCAACCUGAACGACUUGCCCGGCUGUGAAGCCGUGGAACCUGGUGGUAUCUGCAGGGCUGGGGAGUGUUUUACUUCAGAUCAGUUGGGGAACUGUGAAGGUCUUGCAGUGUACCAAAAGGCCAUAGGGACCACCAAAACGCUGACCACCACAUGGACACAAACUGCCACAUCCACAGCUUCUCUCUGGCAAGUGGAGGGCCCCUGUGGUGUGUCUGGGGCAUGUGCAGAAAGCCCCAACUUUCCAGACGAGUAUGGUCUGAAUGAACGAUGCACGCUGACGGUACCGGAAGGGACAAGUGUGACAGUGACAUCGUUCUCUACAGAAGAAUUCUACGACUGUCUCACCAUUAAUGGUGAGAAGUAUAGCGGUGCUCAGGGUUUGGUCGGUCAGAGCUUCGUGGUGUCCUCCCCGAUCCAAUGGAGGUCUGAUGAAUCAAACACUGGACCAGGGUGGCAGAUCUGCGUUGGCGGCUGGGAAUCCACAACCGCCACAAGCACCAUGACCUCAACGGAGUUGAUGGUGUGA